AUGGCUGCUCCUGAGAAAGAUCCAGACCUGAGGCUGCUGCAGAAGAAUCCCUUGGACCCCAGCAGCUGUCAGCAGAGCCGCUUCCUGGAGGGCGAGUGGAAGGCAGCCAUGGUGUCCCUGAGGUCCCUGAGCCGCUGCCCCAGCGUGGCCGAGAGCAGGGACGGGGGCAUUGGCACCUCCUGCUCGGACAGCACCGAGGACUUCUGCAACUCCAGUAGCGGUUCCUCAUUCCGCCCCAUCAAAGCCCAGGUGACCAUUCCAACGGCCCACGUUAUGCCGUCCACGCUGGGCGCCUCGCCCUCCAAGCUGUGCCCUGCCGGGGACCAGGGCUGUGCGCAGCCUGCCGGGCCAGGGCUCGCCAGGAACGGGGACCUGAGCGCCGCCAAGUCGUCUCAGGUGCCCCCCCGGGAGCGGCUGCGUCUCUGCAGGGCCUCGGGGGACAGCGGCUGCGAGCACGCCCGGCCUCCCACCACCGAUCGCGCCCGCGCGGAGGGAGCCUGGCAGUUCGACACCCCUGCCAUCGAGCAGACCCUGAACCAGUCUCUGCUCCUGGACAGCCUGUGCCCUGAGCCUCUGCACAGGUGCCAGCAGUUCACCCCGAGCUCCGAGGCGGGGAAGGACCAUUGCCAGGUGCUGCCCGAGAGCAAACAGGCGCCGGGCGCCAACGGGGCCUGCGAGCCGCGCGAGGCGCCGUGGCCCAGCGGGAGCAGGGUGCUGCCGGCGGGACUCCAGGCCAACAGUUUCUAUUCCAAACCUGCGGCAGCUCCCCCGGGCCGAGCCUGGGCGCAGGAGGGCUGCACCCUGCACCCCCACCAGGGAGUCUGCCAGCUCAGUGCCUGGAAACAGCAGCUGGACAAGGUGCGGCUGCAGGUGGAGCAGAUGCAGUUACAAAAUGGAGGCACCUGCCCCCAUUCCUCACUGUAUUCCCCAUCCCUGCCUGCACCUGACCCAGCCCAGUGGAUCAAUAUCCUGAACUCCAAUGAAAACCUGCUCAAGGAGAAGGAGCUCCUCAUUGACAGACAGAGGCAGCACAUCUCCCAGCUGGAGCAGAAGGUCCGGGAGAGCGAGCUGCAGGUGCACAGCGCCCUGCUGGGCUGCCCAGCGUCCUAUGGAGACAUCUACAUGCUGAGGAUGCAGGAGCUGCAGCGGGAGAACGCCUUCCUGAGAGCACAGUUCACAGAGAAGACCGAGAGCCUCAGCAAGGAGAAGAUGGAGCUGGAGAGGAAGCUGGCUGCUGCAGAGCUGGAUGUGAAGCUGGCCCGGGAGUCCCUGAAGGAAACGGUGCAGAAACAUGCAGAGGAGUUAAAGAAACAGGAGGAAAGGGUAAAGGGAAGAGACAAACACAUUAAUAACCUUAAAAAGAAAUGCCAGAAGGAAUCUGAACAAAACAGAGAGAGACAGCAGAGAAUUGAGACCCUGGAACGAUACCUGGCUGAUCUCCCAACCCUUGAGGACCACCAGAAACAGAGUCAGAAGCUGAAGGAGUCUGAACUCAAGACCACUGCCCUGCAGGAAACAGUGCUGACACUGGAAACAGAGCUUGGAGAUGUCCAGGCUGCUUUCAGGGAGCAAGAGCUGCAGCUGGAAACCCAAAAGCACAAGGAGAGGGAGCUCCUGUCCACUGUGCACAGCUUGCAGGACAAGUUGCAGCAGUUUGCAAAGAGUGCAGAGAGAGGCCCCCCUGCCCAGGAUGGGGAGAGGCAGAAGAUGGAACAUGACUCUCUGAAGAAGGAGUGUGACUGCCUCAGGAAGAUUGUGGACAAAAAGCAGAAGAAGAUGGAGCAGUUAUCCUUGCAAGUCAAGAACCUGGAAGAACAGGUGGCCCAGGAGGAGGGGACAAGCCAAGCUCUGAAAGAGGAGGCGAUGAGAAGGGAAAAUGCUCUGCAGCAGCUCCGGGCUGCCGUGAAAGAGCUGUCCCUGCAGAACCAGGAGCUGAUUGAGAAGAACCUGACGCUGCAGGAGCAGCUGCGGCAGGCGCAGCUGACGGCGCAGCCCCUGCCUGCUGACACAGCCCGCCUGGCCCAGGAGCUGCACGGGGAGCUGGCCAGCUGCCUGCAGGACUUGCACUCUGUCUACAGCAUCGUCACCCAGAGGGCUCAGGGCAAGGACCCCAACCUCUCUCUGCUCCUGGGCAUCCACUCUGUGCAGCACCCUGUGAAGGAGAAGGACGACCUGCUGAGCCCUGACGGACUGGCCAAGAAGCUGGUGGAGGUAAAACAGCUUCACAAAGAGGUGGAGGACUUGAGGACUGCAAUAUCUGACAGAUACGCUCAGGACAUGGGAGACAACUGCAUCACCCAGUAAAGAGCACUCCCAAAGUAAGACAGGGAAUGAAGACUUGAAACUCUGAGGAGUCUCGUGCUCCUUCAACCCUAAACGUAUUCAGCACUUUACCAUCCCUCUGCUCGGGUACAGGACGUGUGACUUACCUGAUCUGUGAGGAAUCAGGGGGUUUGUGGCCAGAAGUGUUCAGCUGCUGACUGGGGUAA